AUGCAUCCUCCCCGUCUCACGCCAUCAGCGCCCUGUUCCUCCGCUCACUCCCCGCCCUUUGGCCUAACCUCCGCGAUCUCCUUUCUCCGCAGCCAGAUGAGCUACUCUCUCCGCUCGCUGGACCUGAGCUACAACGAGCUCGGCGGAAUUCCCCGCCAGGCCCUGCGCCCCCUCAGGAGCUUGGAGUGGCUGAACCUCCACGGGAACCACAUCGCCGAGCUGGUGGCUGAGGACUGGUCGAGUCUGCGGGACACCCUGGCGACGCUCUUUCUGGGCGAGAACGACGUCGACCACGUACCAAGAGAGGUCUUCAGCAGGUGCAGGCGACUCAUCUGGCUCAACCUUGAUGUUAACAACAUCCUUACCCUUGAACGAGAGUCCCUCCCCAAAAGCAUCCAGACACUCAGCCUGAACCACAACCUUUUGUCGGGCUUCCCUUCUGAGGCAGUGAGCAACAUUCAAGAAUUGACAUGGCUCUUCCUCAGGGGUAAUCUCCUUGAUAGACUUCCGGACACUGGCUUUACCCUGCCCAAGAAACUGGAUAAGCUUGACCUGGGAGAAAACUUCAUUCGUUUCAUCCCCAACAACCUCUUCAAUAACACUGUAACUGCGCGGGACCUUCAUCUCGACUUCAAUCUUCUGACCGAAAUACAAGACGAAGCAUUCAAGGGUCUCAACCCUGGGCGCCUCUACCUCUCCGCAAAUAACAUAAUGAAUAUCACAGAACAAGCCUUCUUGGGUGGGCCUGAGCACUCCCUAGUCAUGCUGGACCUGGAGAAGAACAAACUCGAGUCCGUCCCAAAGGCCUUGUCACACCUAAAGAGACUUCGAUAUUUGUAUCUCCCGGACAACCAAAUAGCUGAUAUUAAAGAUGAUGUCUUCCGUUCUUUUUGUGAAUCAAUGGAGGCCUUAAGCCUGUCUGGAAAUCAGCUGAAGGCCAUCCCUCGUGCUGCCUUGGAGAACUGCAGCACAAUCGCACACCUCAAUCUGGGGCACAACCAAAUCACGGAAAUCCAUGAGGACGAUUUUGAUACCUGGGGAGAUAGCCUUGACACUCUCAUUUUAAGGAACAAUCGUAUUUACAGUAUCCCACCCCAUGCCUUUAGAUACACACCAGAGCUUAGAGAACUCAGUCUUUCGUUUAACAGAAUCGUUGAUGUUUCUGCAGAAUCUUUUAUAGACGUUCUUAAUACUCUUGAAGUUUUGGAGAUAAGUUUAGGCUUUUAUAGAGAUGAUUUCCCAGAAGAGGUCCUUAAGCCUUUAACAGCACUGCAGUGGAUUGCUUUGGAUAAUAAUAACUUCAGAACGAUAUCCGAAACCGCUCUCUACUCCUUUGGUGAGCUUAGAUAUUUCAACAUGGAUUCUAACCGACUUACAUAUAUACCAAAAACUCUCUUUCAUCAGAAUGUACACAAGAAUCUUAGAGAUAUUAGACUGGCUCUCAAUUUCCUGGAGAGAAUUGAGGUUCACACUUUCCAUAAUCUUGUUGGUCUUAGGACUCUCGUUCUAACAGGAAAUAAAAUAAAGACUGUUCACUUCGAGGCAUUCAAAGCCUUACCUAAACUAAGUACCAUUUUGUUAGCAAACAACGAAAUAGAGACCAUAGAACCUCGGGCUUUUUCAGAUCUUCCAAACCUCAUGGAACUUGACCUGCAGCAUAACAAAUUGAAAGAGUUGUCCCUAAAUGCAUUUUCUAACGUGACCAGCUCAGCAACACCUCUUGCCCUCAAUAUUUCGUACAAUGAUAUCCAAGAGCUAUCCACGGGGUCAGGACCACCCAUCCUGCUCAAAAGCCUGGAUGUGAGCCAUAAUGCUCUUAAAGAAGUGCCUAUCAACUUUCUCGGAGCUUUUACAUUCUCCCUUCAGCGUCUUGACCUCGGGUACAACCUCAUUAAGAAACUCGACAGCAGCGCCUUUGGGCCUUUGGGCACCCUCCAGAUGCUCAUUCUCGAACACAACGGCAUUAAACAAAUACGUCCUCGUGCGUUUUCCUCUCUGGAAAAAGUCCAGCUACUUGAUCUUAGUCACAACCACUUGGAGAACUUGCCACCAGAGUGCUUUACUGAUGUUGCAUUUCUGCGUGUGCUUGAUCUCUCCUACAACCAUCUGCGCUCUCUUCCCAAUUCUGUGUUCCGGGGCACACAGCUGGAAACCAUUGGACUUUCACACAAUGAGUUUGUCUCCAUGCCCACUGCGGGCUUCGCAGAGGUGGAGACGACUUUGCAUUACCUUGACAUCUCAAACAACCACUUAGAGCACUUGGACAAUACAAUGUUCUACAGUUUUCCAAACCUUAUCGAAUUGAACCUGGCCAACAACCGGCUCACGAUACUACCCGACAACGUGUUCAUCAGCCUCACGAGUCUCAUCAGUCUCGACCUCAGCGGUAAUCCAGUCCGAGCCAAUUUCAAGGAACUGUUUCACUACACACAGAACGUCCAGAAACUCAACUUGGCCAAUAUUGGAUUCAGUUCCUCACCCAUCAUCCCGCUGCCGAAUCUCAAUUCCCUUAACUUGUCAGGAAAUUCAAUGUCAGAGAUCGAAGUCCAGUCAGUUGAGAGUCUGCGUCAGCUGAGAUCGUUAGACUUAUCACAUAAUAAACUGAGACACGUGAGAUCUCGUCUGUGGAGACAUAUGCCCUUCCUGAAGUUCCUUGAUUUGUCGUCUAAUCCAAUUGAGUCACUGACAAAAGACAGCUUCGGUGGGGCUGCAAGCAUCGAGACUCUGGUGCUAAGCAAUCUUGACAAGAUCAAACGUUUUGAUUAUGAUGCCCUUUCUCAUAUGACGUUCUUGAGAGAACUCUAUAUGAAUACCUACCCAAAUAUCGAAAAAUAUAGGUUCCGCGUAGGUCACCUGCUGGCCACUGUUCACACACUUAAGAAACUGCACCUGGAGGUGCGCGAGAACGCCCUCACAGACCAGAUCACGGGCGCCUUCGGCCCGAAGCUGAAGGAGCUGCACAUCACUGGCAAGAACCUCAAGGAUAUCGACUCUAAGACGUUCAGAGGCUUCCAGAAUCGCCACGAGCUCUUGCUGUCUAUCACGGACACCUCCAUUCAGUCACUCCCCGACGGCCUGCUCACGCACCUGUCUGACGUGGCCUACCUGUCGCUGGACCUGCGCCGGAACAAGCUCAAGUACCUCAACCCGCACGUGCUCUACGAGAACGGCUCCGACUGGGAGAGCAAAGGGACCACCUUCGUCGCCGGCGGAUUGGCCCUCGAGGGGAACGACUGGACCUGUGAGUGCUCGCUGGUGUGGCUCGGACGCUGGCUCCGGCGCUGGCUCAGGGAGACGCUGCAGAUCCACACGGCCAUGCUCAAGGGCGCGCAGCAGGUGCACCGCCUGGCGCGCGCCGCCACGUGCCACGAGCCGCGGACGGGCCAGCACGUGCCGCUCCUCGACUUGCACUCCGAGGACCUAGGCUGCCAUGCCUCCGCCCUAAGCGAUUCCGGUCAAGCUCCGCCCACAGCCACGCCGACUGCCUUCGUUGCCGCCCUCGUGACCACACUCCUCCUCACGCCCACGAUCGCGCUUUUCCUCGGCUCUUGAUGAUAAUGGGAGGUGUGGAACUUAUCAUCAUAGGAUACUGGUUGUAGGCUUAGACGAGGCGGCGGCCGGGACUCUGCCUCCGCCGGUGCGUGGCGCCGCGAGGACAGGGUGCUCGGCGGCGGCCAGGGCGGGGCGACGGGGCUGGCACGGCGCUCGGGGGACGAGCUCGCCGCUGCCAAGGGAUCAUGCGGCUCGGAAACCAUUUACUAGGUGUUAGUACGUGUAUAUAUAUGUAUAUGUAUGUGUGUGUGCAUACAUACAUACAUACAUACAUACAUACAUACAUACAUACAUACAUACAU